UGGUCGUAGUGACGAUCUGGUGAGGACAGUGCUGUCACCGAGAGAAAUGCUGCAGUUCUUUGACGGCCGCGAGGACUUCCUGUAUUAUAAACAAGUCUGCUUCGAUGAGUUUGACCCUUCAAGGAACCAUUACCCUGUAAAGAAAGUGUUGCAGCGUUUCCACAGAAACCCAUCCAAACCAGCCAACAAAGACGUGGCAGAGCAACUAUUCGACAUUCGUCAGAGGCAGAUAGAGCUGACCUACCACCUGAAGGAACACUACUUCAUCCCUUCAAAGGCCUUCUUCAAAAAACCAAAACCAGAACAGGACUUCACACCGGACAUGGUGUCCAUCUUCCAGGUGGAUCUGUCUGAGAAACCUCCUCAGGGCCUGGCUCUGCUCAGGAUGUGCAACAACAUGCUAGAGGAGGAGGAAAAAGCGGUUCAAAACAUUCUAGAGUCCAUAAAUGAGAUAGCUGCCAUCGUGGCCCACAGAGAGCAGGAGGACCACAAGGUGAAGCUUCUGACACCAAGCAUGUCUGCAGCUCUGGAUCGCCAAAAGAAGUGGAAACAGCUGCAGGAUGCCAAGGCAGAGAUGAGGUGGCAGGAGGAGCAGAAGAAAGACUUCCUGGCUCCGUUCCUGAUCCCCAACAAAAAACAAAAGGAUCUAAGUCCUGAGGAGGCCAAACAGAUCUAUCACCGGUGUCUGAAUGAUUUUAAGGACAGGUUGAUGGRACACAGCAACCUCCUGCAGACUCGCCUGGAACAGGAAACUGAAGCUCUUCAGUUGCUGGAGACACAGUACAAACAGAACCUGCAGGUCAGUGGAAACCAGGAGAUGCAACUCCUUUAUGAGAAAACCCUGCAAGUAUCUGCCACACAGAAACUGCUUGAUAGGGCUGGGAGUAAUGUUAUACAGGUGYAGGAAAAACAUCAUGCUGCUGCUGACUGAUCCUUGAUAGGAUGUAAAUGUAAGCAUUAUCUAUAGGUAAAAAAUUAAUUUGUUUCCUUUUUAUCACUUUUAUGCUGGAUUGCAUCAAUUCUAACAUAGCCACUAAGGAAGCCUCACUAAUGUGAAACGUAAAUCUGUUCUGUGUUUGAUUACCUUGAUUUUCUCAAGGACAUGGAUGUGUGACACAAAAAAAUAAUUUUGGAACUGAAAUUGAAUUGUAGAACUCAAAGUGAUAGUAGUCAAACUCAAUCUUCAAUACAACAGCUUACAGUUUGAAAGAAAAAUUAAUUCAGAUUCAAAACUUUAAAUUCAGUUUAGUGAAAUUAAUUUUCAAAACAAUGCGYUUGAUUUCACAUUAGGCCUAUACAGAUUCAUUCUGAGCAAUUCAAAUUCAGUUUCUGUUGGAAGUUUGUUUCCAUAGAACUGACUGGUUGUGUUUGUUGCAGGCACAAGAAAACAUUUCAGAUGAAAUGUAAUGUUWUUGAAGAGAAGCUGCGAAAAGACCCCCGCCUAGCCCCCUACUUGGACUGCAAAACCAGA